CGUUGCUCAUAUGAAUAAUGGCCUCACAGAGAGUGAUGGUGGUCCCGAAAUGAAAGGGCGAGUUUCAAAGAACGUUGACGUGAUGAAAUAACCGCGGCCGGGGAAUAUUCGGGUCUUCUGUUCGACGUGCAACUCGGGCUGAACUAUCCGUUACAAUUGCAAUUGGAUAACAAGUGCGCGGGUUCGACUUGUUGAUAUUUUAGACGUGCUUCCGGACCGUGUGAAAUUCCUUCAUCGCCAAUGGCACCUAAGCACGAUGUUAGCAAGAAUCAUAACAGUGUCUAAGAAGAAAGUGGCUGCGGCUUAGUUUGGCAGGAAAGAGAUAAAAUUCUCGUGGUUGUGAGUUGUUGGAAUGCGUUACUGAGGUCAUCAUCAUCAGCCAUCAUGGACGAGAGAACUUUAAACGACUUGCUGGAGUGCUCCGUUUGCCUGGACCGCCUGGACACCUCAUCCAAGGUGCUGCCGUGCCAGCACACAUUCUGUAGAAAAUGCCUUGAGGUGAUUGUCUCGAGUCAUCAAGAGCUGCGGUGUCCAGAAUGUCGGAUAGUUGUUGAGACGAAAAUCGACGAGUUACCGUCGAAUAUACUCCUGAUAAGAAUUCUUGAAGGAAUGAAAAAUGCCACACAAAAUCAGAAUAACGCAACAAAAACUGCAUGUCCAACUAUAAAUAGUAAUGUUAAUGCAAUAGUAACUGGUAUAAAUAAUUUUGAAAUAAAGGAGAGCACAAAGUUGUCGACAAAUGGCGUGCCACCAGGGCGAUGCCAAAAUGAACAACCCGGUGCAGGUGCCUGGUUUGUUCCACACGCAUUUGCACUGUAUGACUUUACGUCGAAAAAGACUGGAGAUCUUAAUUUUAAAAAAGGUGAUAUUAUUUUACUUAAACGAAAAAUUGAUGUGAAUUGGUAUGUUGGGGAAAUAAAUGGUCGGGAAGGUGCUAUUCCCAUGAACUAUGUACAGGUUAUCGUCCCAUUACCCGUCCCACAAUGCAUGGCCUUGUACGAUUUUAAGAUGGGGCCGAAUGAAGAAGAAGGUUGCCUUACUUUCAAAAAGGGAACUAUAAUAAACGUUUUACGUCGAGUUGAUCAUAAUUGGGCAGAAGGGUGCAUUGGGUCGUGCAUCGGCAUUUUCCCAAUUGCUUUCGUAGAGAUGAAUGCAUUAGCGAAGCAAUUAAUGGAAUCUUCAUGUGGACCUGCUCUUACAUCAGCCAGAAUUCUCCCGCAAAUUCCGCUUGAAAGUGCCACAAGUGAUUCAAGUUCAAUGGCUACGACUAGCCCAAAUUCGACUUGUAGUAGCAACACAAGCACGAACUCGAUACCAAGCAGUCCAACAUCAAAACCCAAUUCACCACAAAAUAAUCCUGCCACAAAACAUGACAUGAAAGAAAAACGACAUUCACUCAACGCACUGACAGCAAACACAAAUUUAAGUGUAGUUCAAUCUAAUCGCCAUUCAGCUGAAAUUCUAACGAUACCUGAGCCAACCGAACAAAGUUCGCAACAAACGAUUUCAACAGAAGUUCAAUGUGCCAAUAACUGCAGUCAAUCUCAAGAUGUAUCUUCAACACAAUCUACUGCUCGUGCCAAUGUACUUAAGUCAAAUAUGCACCACAAUCAACCGAGCCUGCCAUGGGCAUAUGUUGCAUUAUACCCUUAUAAGCCACGAAAGAGUGAUGAAUUGGAAUUGAAAAAAGGAUGCGUUUAUUUCGUGACUGAACGCUGUUUAGAUGGUUGGUACAAAGGGAAAAAUUGGGCCGAAAAGUGUGGUGUGUUUCCUGGAAACUAUGUUACUCCACUACGAUAUAGAGAUCAGCAACAACUCAUCCAUCAACGGAAAACAACACAAAAUCCAUUACAUUCCCCUCAAACAACACCUCCUCCGCUACAACAACUAAGUGCGCAUGAUCAUCCAAACAAUCAAGGAACUCAGACAGGGUUCCCACCCCCAGAGCUACCGCCACGAAGCAAUACAAAUACGUCUGCGUCCUCGGAGUGGGCUAAAGCUCAUUUCCAAGCAUUUCUUAGUAAAAGAUUUACAACGGGCCCCUCUCAAGCUAAUAAUGAAACCAAAUCGACGAACACAACGCCAAAACACGAAAGUAGUUGCCCCAAUUCGGCUGUUAAACAUUCACAAUCUUCACCGCAAACGAAUGUCUCCCAGCAAAACCCCACGAAAGACAAAGAAAAACGAGAACAAAAUCCGUCUACCGCACUAAAUUUAAUGAAGCGCUUGACAAAUAUCAAACGAUCAAAGUCUCCACCAAAUUCGAAUGUGAAUCAGUGCACUUAUUCAAUGGAUAAUCCGGUAUUUGAAGAUACCUCAACUAAUCAACCAUUGAUGCAGCCAAAACAUAGCCAUUCGAUGUCUCAUCAUAUACACGUUCGGUCGGGUUCAUGUCCAAGUCAACUGCUUCAAAGUCUCCCUUUGGAGGUAGAAAGUGCACCAAAUUCGUCAAGUAAUUCCAAGGCAUUGUUUGGGUCGCAGCGAAUUAAAGGCCAUAAAGAAAGAGCACCCCUACAGAGUAUGCGACAAAUCAGUGAUACAAAUAAUUCUCGAGGACAUAAGGAUAAAGAUAAUCACUCAUUGAAUCCUAUGAACAAGGGCAACCUAAAUGUUCAACAUAAGUCGAUUAUCCAAAGCCAUCAAAAGUGUGCAUCAGAAGUUGGCGCUCAUGUAAUUCAUCAUCGCAAGUCACAAAGUCUUGAUGCGAAUACAAUUUCGUCACAAAUAACUAAUAGCUCUCUAAAUGGCGGGAAAUUACAUGGGUCCCAUUCAAGAGAAAGUUCUAGCCGAUUUAAAUGUGUCGUUUCCUAUCCACCCAAUAGCAACGUUGAAUUGGAAUUGAAUGUUGGCGAUAUCGUUUACGUGCACCGAAAAUUAAAGGACGGCUGGUAUAAGGGAACGCAUGCGCGAACAAAUAAAACCGGAUUGUUCCCAGCAUCCUUUGUAGAGCCUGAUAAUCUAUAAAAAGACUACACAGAUGAACAAGAAUAUAUAAGGUGAUCAGAAGAGCUUAGAAUGAUAUUUAUAAAUAAUGAACAAAAUGUAUUGACAUUUGAAAAGUAAGUUAUGUUUCAAAGAAAAGUCCGAGAUUAAGUUGAAUUCGCUCGUAAUUUAGCAGAUUGUCCAUGGGCGAAUUCAAUGUAGAACAUUUUUUUCUAAUUAAUAGUGUAUUAAAAAUCGGAUGUUGAGAAUCAGAGAGAGCCAAAAUUAUAUUUCGCACACUUAGGCUAGUCUUCUCAAAUACAUAUUGUAUUCGUUAAUUCAUGCACUGUGGAAUAAUAGUUUGCUGCUGAAAUUGAUUUAUAGGUAGAGGUAGAGAGAGAGAGUUCAAAUAGGAAACUAUUUCCAAUUCAAUUGGGCGUUGUUCAAAAAAGUUCGACUGUUGUUUCUUAUCUGCUAGCAAUGUUCAACUUUUGGCCAUAUAUUUUAAGCAAUAACCUGCUUAGCCAUAUAGACACGAUCCUGCCGGCAAAAUUGAAAUGUAACUCGUUUAGUAACAGAUUUAUUUUCUUUUGUUUUUGAAAAUGGAUGCACUAUAUUUCAUUUUUAGCUUGCGUCCAGUCUGUAACAAUAAAAAUUCCCAGCAUUUACUUUUCGAUAGAUCAAGCCUAGAUCCAAAUUUUCCGGAGAAGAAUGAUUAUAGCUUAAUUGGAGUCGCUUAUAUCUCAUUGAAACAUGCAUGCAGCUCUGAUUAAAUCACCAUCAUUUGACAAAUAAUGAAAAAUACAAUUUAUGAAUUAAAUUCUUUUUUGAAGAAAUAUAUUUAAUAAAAUCCUUUGGCAGUGAUAUUUGAUUUUUCGGAGUUUUUCGAAUAUUAAAAUUAUUGUAGACUAGUUAA